GAACACGACCCACAUUCCGCCGGUCCUCCUUUGACAGGCGUGACCCUAACCAAUAAGGACGGAGGGCUGAAUCCGGCGGAGCCAAUGGUGAAAGUCCGAGGGGCGGCGGAGGCGGACUCUGCGAGGAAACAAGAAGACAGGCCCAAGAUGGAGGCGGCGGUGGCCGUAGCGGCGUGACAGGAGCCCCAUGGCACCUGCUCAGCCCCGCCUCGGCCCGUCUUGACAAAGUCCUAGGCUCCAUGGAGCCACCACGGGGCUCCCCUGCCAACGGGGCCGAGCCGUCCCGGGCAGUGGGCACUGUCAAAGUAUACCUGCCCAACAAGCAACGCACUGUGGUGACUGUCCGGGAUGGCAUGAGUGUCUACGACUCUCUUGACAAGGCCCUCAAGGUACGGGGUCUCAAUCAGGAUUGCUGUGUGGUCUACCGGCUCAUUGAGGGGCGAAAGACAGUCACUGCUUGGGACACAGCCAUUGCCCCCCUGGAUGGAGAGGAGCUCAUUGUAGAGGUCCUCGAAGACGUCCCACUGACCAUGCACAAUUUUGUACGGAAGACGUUCUUCAGCCUGGCAUUCUGCGACUUCUGCCUUAAGUUUCUGUUCCAUGGCUUCCGCUGCCAAACCUGUGGCUACAAGUUCCACCAGCAUUGUUCCUCCAAGGUCCCCACAGUCUGUGUUGACAUGAGUACCAACUGCCGACAGUUUUACCACAGUGUCCAAGAUUUGUCCGGAGGCUCCAGACAGCAUGAAGCUCCCUCAAACCGCCCCCUGAAUGAGCCGCUAACCCCUCAGGGUCCCAGCUCCUGCACCCAGCACCGCGACCCUGAGCACUUUCCCUUCCCUGCCCCUGCCAACACCCCACUCCAGCGCAUCCGCUCCACAUCCACUCCCAACGUCCAUAUGGUCAGCACCACAGCCCCCAUGGACUCCAGCCUCAUCCAGCUCACUGCCCAGAGUUUUAGCACCGAUGCUGCUGGUAGUAGAGGUGGUGGUGACGGAGCCCCUCGGGGGAGCCCCAGCCCGGCCAGCGUGUCCUCGGGGAGGAAGUCCCCACAUUCCAAGUCCCCGUCAGAGCAGCGGGAGCGGAAGUCCGUGGCUGAUGACAAGAAGAAAGUGAAGAAUCUGGGGUACCGGGACUCCGGCUAUUACUGGGAGGUGCCACCCAGUGAGGUGCAGCUGCUGAAGAGGAUUGGGACGGGCUCGUUUGGCACUGUGUUUCGCGGGCGGUGGCAUGGCGAUGUGGCUGUGAAGGUGCUCAAGGUGGCCCAGCCCACAGCUGAGCAGGCCCAGGCCUUCAAGAAUGAGAUGCAGGUGCUCAGGAAGACACGUCAUGUCAACAUCUUGCUGUUCAUGGGUUUCAUGACCCGGCCAGGAUUUGCCAUCAUCACACAGUGGUGUGAGGGCUCCAGCCUCUACCACCACCUGCAUGUGGCCGACACACGCUUCGACAUGGUCCAGCUCAUUGAUGUGGCCCGACAGACUGCCCAGGGCAUGGACUACCUCCAUGCCAAGAACAUCAUCCACCGAGAUCUCAAGUCUAACAACAUCUUCCUACAUGAGGGGCUCACAGUGAAGAUUGGUGAUUUUGGCCUGGCCACGGUGAAGACGCGGUGGAGUGGGGCCCAGCCCUUGGAGCAGCCCUCAGGCUCUGUACUGUGGAUGGCAGCUGAGGUGAUCCGUAUGCAGGACCCGAACCCCUACAGCUUCCAAUCGGAUGUCUACGCCUAUGGGGUUGUGCUCUAUGAGCUCAUGACCGGCUCACUGCCUUACAGCCACAUUGGCAGCCGUGACCAGAUUAUCUUUAUGGUGGGCCGUGGUUAUCUGUCCCCGGACCUCAGCAAAAUCUCCAGCAACUGCCCCAAGGCCAUGCGGCGCCUGCUGUCUGACUGCCUCAAGUUCCAGCGGGAGGAACGUCCCCUCUUCCCCCAGAUCCUGGCCGCGAUUGAGCUGUUGCAGCGGUCACUCCCCAAGAUUGAGCGGAGUGCCUCCGAACCCUCCUUGCACCGCACCCAGGCUGAUGAGUUGCCCGCCUGCCUACUCAGCGCAGCCCGCCUUGUGCCUUAGGCCCUGCCCCCAGUCACCAGGGAACCAGUCUCAGCCUGCCAUGCCAAGGAGCCCUGCCCACCAAUCAAUGUUCUGUCUCUGCCCUGAUACUGCCUCAGGAUCCCCCAUACCCAUCCUGGGAGAUGGAGGUGUCCCCAUGUGCUUUUCCAGUUCCUCUGGAAGCAGGGGGCCCUCAAAGACCGAGACCCCUGAUUCCUCCAUAAUUUGGUUUCCUCUUGGCUUUGGGGAUAACUUCUAAAUCUGGGAGCUCCUCUAUCUCCAAGCUGGGCUUUGUGGCAGGGAUUCCACUCAGAAUCUCUCUGGAAUUUGUGCCUGAUGUGCCUUCCACUGGAUCUUGGGGUCCCCAGCACCCCGUGUGGAUUUGGGGGGGUCCCCUCUGUGUCUUCCCUACCAUUCAAGGACUCCCCUCUUCACCAAGAAGUACAGAAUUCUGCUGGGCC